AUGGUUUUGAAGUAUAUUAAUAAGGUAAAUAAAAUCUCUCUCUUUAUGACUGUGGUCGGUACUCUGGGGAACAUGUUUGUUUCUGUGAAUUAUACUUUCAGUUAUUGGGGAAGUUCUGAGAAGAAACCCAUAUACCUUAUUCUGAUCCAUCUGGCUUUUACAAACAUCCUAAUACUUCUUACCAAAGGAUUGCCAAAGACUAUUUUAGCUUUUGGAUUGAGAAAUUUCUUAGAUGAUAUAGGCUGUAAGAUCAUUGUUUACCUGGAGAGGGUGGCCCGGGGCCUCUCCAUCUGCACCAGCAGUUUCCUCACUGUUGUCCAGGCUGUCAUCAUCAGUCCCAGAGCAUCUGGGUGGAACAGACUCAGGCCAGAGUCUGCAUGGCACAUCCUUCCAUUCUUCUCAUCCUUUUGGAUACUCAAUGCUUUAAUCAGUAUAAACCUAAUUCAUUCCAUUAGAAGUACAAGUCUGAAUAUAUCACAACAAAUAAAUUAUGAGAAUUCUUGCUAUUUUACAGUAGAAAAUCAGGAAAUAAAAUGGAUUUUUCUCAUCCUCAUGGUCCUGAGAGAUGCAUUGUUUCAGGUUGCCAUGGGAGGGGCCAGUGGCUACAUGGUAUUUCUACUCCAUAAGCACCACCAUCAUGUCCUCUACCUUCAGAACUCUAAGUUUCUCUACAGAACUCCCCCUGAGCUGAGAGCUGCUCAAAGUGUCCUCCUUUUGAUGCUGUGUUUUGUUUUCUUCUACUGGACAGAUUGUGCCUUUUCUUUAAUUAUAAACAUCUCUUCAAAGGACAACACCCUGAUGAUAAAUACUCGAGAAUUUCUGACCCUUUGUUAUCCAACUUUUAGCCCCUUUGUGCUGAUUCACAGGGACGGGCUUCUGAGUAAAUUUUGGCAUGCUCAUUGGGAGAAAUUGAGUAAAUGUCUCUGA